CCCAAUUUGCUUUGUAAUUUAAGUUUUUCUUACGCCCCCUUCCACGUCGACUUGCCCUAUCGCCAUAUUUCAACUCGUUGCCUCAAGAAAGGGAUUGUGAAGCCGGUUAAAUAAGUUAGCUAGAAAGCUAGUUCAAACCAGAAAUAGUUCUCAACAGUAGACUUUAGGGUCUUAAAAGUCAUUUUCACCGGUGUCAAAAGAAGGCAUCAGCUCUAGCAAUGAACAUCUUCAGGUUUACGGGAGACCUCUCUCACUUGGCAGCUAUCAUCAUUCUCCUGCUCAAAAUAUGGAAAACCAGGUCGUGUGCUGGUGAGUAACGUUAUAUUAGCUACUAAAAUGUAACUUGAAAGUUUUAUUUCUUCCAAUGACUGUUAUUGGCUAUGUACUGUCUACAUAUGUAGUUAGUUAGCCCUAUGUCCGUAUUCCAACCUAUCUAGUUAGCUGGCUGUAGUUUAGAUCCCUGUAGACCGCUAGUUAGCUAGCUAACAUGGAUAGUUAACGCGUUAGCUAACUAGCGUUAUAUUCCUAACCCACUACUAGUUAGCUAUGUAGCUGCUAGCUACAGAACAAACAAGUAACGAAUGGCAUUUAAGUGUUGAUCAAUAUAUAAUACAUCAUGAAACAAAAGUAUAUGCAGAUCAUGUGUGCACUGACGAGUUCGUUAGCUAGUUAGCUUGAAUUGGUUGAACGUUAGCUACUUAACCACAGUAGCAUGUCAACUUGCUAACUGUCUUUUCAAGCGCGGCAACUUGGAUUGCUUGGAUUUGACGUUAACUAGCUAGCUAAACUGAUUAAUGUUUAAUCAAAGCCUUCCUUGAGUAUCUGUUUUCCACCUAUGACAGGCUAUGUAACUGUUAGCUAGCUAACUUGCUAUGCAAAACAUGUUAGUUACGGUAUCUAACUAGCUAGUUACUUGUAACAGCCAAAAUAGUCGAUGAUAAAAAUAUAAAAAAUCGAUUGUUCAUAAAGUGAUGCAAGUUUGGACACUGUACCUUGUUGUCAGGUGAGGUAUUUAUGAAUAAUUACUGUUUAAACAUUCUGUCUAGUGUCAACUUUGUUUUCUGCAACAGUCUGGCAUGCGAGUACACUCAAUGUAGCCUGGCGUUUGAUUGUUUGGUCUGGACUCUGACGUGGCAUUCAAAGUCCCAGAAAUUAACUGGUUAGGUGGCAAGGAAUCAAUGCAUUCUCACUCAAAAGUAGUCGACACUGCUACAUUUGUCUCAAAUUAGCUGAACACAUCCUAUAUUCUAAACACUCGCACACGUUUCUCUCAUCGACCUUGCUUGCAUCGGAUGCAUUGGCAUGGCGCCCCUUUGAGGCAUUAUGAUCUUCAGGUUUAUAGCAUCUUCCCAUUCAGUUCAUGGAUGGGACAGUGUAAGAUUGAGACCCUGGGGUUUUGUUAACCUAUUCUAUUACAGAAACAAGUGCAUGUUGGUCUGAUCCUGAUAGCAACCAACUUUACUGAAGUGAAUGCAUUAUCCCAUGCAUAAAAUUCAUAACGUCUUGAGGGGUGUGUCUUUUUCUAAUACCAGUCACUCUAAUAUAUGGAAUAAAUACGAUUUCUUGUUAACAUUACGAUUAGGCCUACAUGGAGAUAAAUUAGUUGCUAGGUGAUCACCAUAGUCUUGAGAUGCUGCUGCAUUUCUUGAUGUAGUUUCAGCAAACAGAUGCAGUUUAUUUAUCCUCUAGUCAGACAUGGGUUUGACUCACUCACAUUUCCAAGUGCAGUCAGUAAGAUACUAUCACACUUGCAGCCAUGGCUGUGCAGGGGCUUGCAAAGGAAGACUAUUUCAGAAGUUGUGAAGACCUUGCCAUUUCUUCAUGAACUUGUUCUUGAAGUGAUGCAAAACUAGAAGACUAAUUUCUUAAUAAUUUCCUUCCCGAUAUUAUCCGUCCUACUGUUGUAAAACUGGUUCUCUUCCAGGUAUCUCUGGGAAGAGCCAGAUCCUGUUUGCUUUGGUCUUCACUACUCGCUACCUGGACCUACUCACCUCCUUCAUCUCCCUCUACAACACCACCAUGAAGGUAAGAGGAUGGCUGGGCCUUAAUACUUAGCCUUCCUUUCUUUCUCCAUACCUCCAAACCACUGAUAGUAUUGAUUAAAUGUUAUAAGUUGGGCCAGGCGGAAUCUGUGGAAUCCCUUACAGAGUUGUCUGCAUAAGCACUUGACAGUCAUCACCAAAUCUUUCAGGGCUUCAGAUAAGUAAUCUCUCUGUAGAUUUCAUCUGGCCCUAGUCCGUAGGAGAGAUGGUCUAGACCAGGGGUGUCAAACUCAUUUUAGCUCAGGGGCCACAUGGAGGAAAAUCUAUUCCCAAGUGGGCCGGACCGGUAAAAUCAUGGUAUAUAUAUAUAUAUAUAUAACUUAAAAACAACAACUUCAGAUUGUUUUCUUUGUUUUAAUACUAUCAACAUAAAACAUAAAGCUGGAGCCUGAGGACAGUGUGUCCAAAAUAGUACAAGCACAACAUCACUAUUAAUCAUAAAACACCUCAAGUUUAUUUGAAAAUUCUAAAGAAAAAGAACACAAACACACAAUGCCUCAGUGAUUCACAGAACUGUUUCACAGAUCACAGAACUAUAUCAGGGGGUCAUUUCUCAGGCAGAAAUGUAGAUACAAAUAAUGAAAUCCUGUUCCCCAAACAAGUGCAAGAACCACAGAGUCAAGAAUAGGUUAAAUAUACAAAUAAAAUAAAAUCAAUUAAAAACAAUAGCACAUCAACAUAAAAACAUAUAAACAUAAAGCUGGAGCCUGAGGACAGUGUGUCCAAAAGCACAACAUCACUAUUAAUCAUAAAACACCUCAAGUUAUUUGAAAUUCUGAGGACAAACACACAAACACACAAUGCCUCAGUGAUUCACAGAAGUAUAUCACAGAUCACAGAACUAUAUCAGGGUGUCUCAUGCAGCACUUUAAGUGUGGUUGCAUAGUUUAUUUGACUCCUGAUACCUGGCAUCUUUUAGCUUUCACCAGCGCAUCAAUAUCAGGCAUCACAUCCUGAGUGGCAGCCAACUUCAGGAUGUGAUUCAAGUGCUUGUGCGUGAGCCUUGAGCGCAGCUUUGUUUUAUUUAUGCUCAUUACAGAGAACUUGCUCACAAAGAUAUGUGGUUCCAAACAUGCACAACAGUUUUGCAGCGAGGGCUGUCAAGUUGGGGUAACCUGGCAAGAGAUUCUGAUAAAAUGUGUCCAAGCCAGCUGCAGCAAAUUUGCCCUUCAAAUCCGAGUCACACUGCAAGUCUAUUAUUUCAAGUUGGAUGCUGACGGGCAGAUCAGAGGGAUUCACGGUGAAUGGCGAACAAAAAAACGUUGAAGUCUUUCUCCAGUUCACCAAAAAUCUGAAAGCGUUGCUCAAACUCCCUUAACAGUCCCGUUAUUUUAUCUUUGAACCGCUUCAUGUCUGCCACAUGUUGGGUCGUGCACACAUUUUUCAGACAGGGGCAGUGAGCUGCAUCACCACCGGCGAGUUGCGUCUCUCACAAUGACAGCUUCAACUUGAAAGAACGUAUGCUGUCAUAAUACUGCGUGGCAACUUUGUUGCGCCCUUGCAGCUGUUUGUUCAAGUUAUUCAGGUGCUCUGUAACAUCCACCAUAAAUGCAAGGUCCUGCAUCCAUUCUGCGGAAUGAAAUUCUAACACUGGUUUGCCCUUUUCUUCCAUGAGCUGUUCAAUUUCUUGUCGUAAAUCAAAGAAACGCCUCAGCACAGCACCUCAGCUUAACCAUCUUACCUCAGUGUGGUAUGGCAGGCCAUAGAUGUGGUCUUUCUCUCUGAGAAGGCUGUCAAACUGACGGUGAUUCAGGUUUCUGGAUCGGAUGAAAUUAACAGUUUGGAUGACCACCUUCAUGACGUUAUCCAUCUUUAAUGACUUGCAACACAAAGCCUCCUGGUGCAAAAUACAGUGGAAAGUCCAAAAAUCACGUCCUCCAUUUGCAGAUUGCACUUUCUCUCUGAACUUUGUCACAACGCCUGCUUUUUUCCCGAUCAUUGAGGGCGCACCAUCUGUAGCCAGGCUGACAGCGCGGGACCAGUCCACUCCGACCCUGUCCAGCGCGCCGACGAGUGCAGUGAAAAUAUCAGCUGCUGUCGUUGUAUCUGUCAUCGGCACCAACUCCACGAACUCCUCGGUGACGGUCAAUGUGUCAUCAACUCCGCGGAUGAAAAUGGCCAGUUGUGCAACAUCUGUAAUGUCCGUGCUUUCAUCAAUUGCAACUGAAAACGCAAUAAAUGACUUUACUUUUUGCUUCAACUGGCUGUCCAAAUCCACUGAAAGAUCGGAAAUCCUGUCUGCAACUGUGUUUCUUGUCAGGCUGAUAUUUGCAAAUGCCUGGUGCUUUUCAGGGCACACAAUCUCUGCUGCCUUCAUCAUGCAUGUUUUUACAAAUUCACCCUCACUAAAUGGUUUUGAAGCCACUGCGAUUUCAUUAGCAAUGAGGUAGCUAGCUUUCACUACAGCGUCACUGAUGUCUCGGCUGUGAGUAAACACAGACUGCUGUUUCUUCAGACCCACCAACAGUUCAUUCACCUUCUCUCUUCUCCGCUGUCCUUGAAAGUUGUCAUAUUUGUCGGCAUGAAGACUCACAUAGUGGCGACGAAGGUUAUAUUCUUUCAGCACUGCAACAUGCUGUGAACACACCAAACAUACAGCUUUCCCAUUCAAUUCCGUGAAUAAAUAGAAGGAUGACAAUUUUUCUUGGAACACUCUGCAAUCUGCGUCCACUUUUCUCUUUUUUGACAGAGACAUAUUGGGGCAAUGAGGGUGCCAAAUCACAUAAUGUUAAAAGUAGAAGCCGUAAUAAAUAUCGCGGGCAAAACAAAGUAGCUCAUCCGGACUGGCUGCACUUGCUUGACCUAUUUGCUCAGCCCCGGUAUAAACAGUUUGCUUGCUUAACACAAUUGCUAUUGCGCCAUCCAGUGGACACAAUUGGAACAGCAGUUUAUUUUAUUGAAAAAUUGCAGCUCAUUUUUAUACAAAAUCAUCUCGCGGGCCGGAUUAAACCCAUUUGCGGGCCUGAUCCGGCCCGCGGGCCGGACGUUUGACACCCCUGGUCUAGACUGUGGUACUAUUUUCUUCACAGCACCAUUAACAUGGGAUACACUCAUUUUCUCCCUCUCCUCUUCCCUGCAGGUGAUCUACAUUGGUUGUGCCUACGCCACUGUCUACCUGAUCUACAUUAAGUUCAAGGCCACCUACGAUGGGAACCACGACAGCUUCCGGAUGGAGUUCCUGGUGGUUCCUGUAGGGGGCCUCGCCUGCCUGGUCAACCAUGACUUCUCUUUCCUAGAGGUUAGAGACAUUUACGUUACAUAUGAAGGAGAGACCCCUAGUUGAUGGCUACUUAACCUAUUCUGCAUGGUUAGUUGUGAGAGAGCUGGCGGAUGAGAUUAAUGGCUAAUAUACAGUGUUGUGUGUUUGUCUUUCUAUCAGAUCCUGUGGACAUUCUCCAUCUACCUGGAGUCGGUGACCAUCCUGCCACAGCUCUUCAUGAUCAGUAAGACGGGCGAGGCGGAGACCAUCACCACCCACUACCUGUUCUUCCUGGGUCUCUACCGGGCCCUGUACCUCUUCAACUGGAUCUGGCGCUUUUACUUCGAGGGUUUCUUUGACAUGAUUGCCAUUGUGGCCGGCGUGGUGCAGACCAUCCUCUACUGCGACUUCUUCUACCUUUAUGUCACUAAAGGUGAGUGUCCCUAUCUGAUUUCUGUUCUGCCAUCUGUGUAUUCGCCGUUUGACCUUCUGGUAUUUUAUGUAUGCGUAAGUAAGCAUUAUUGGAGUAAUUGAUGGUUGAGUUUGUAGGACUACAUCAUAUUCUAAAUGAGUUAUAAUCCAUCUAUAUACAGUUUGAAUGUUGUAGUGCACAGGAGUCAGCACAUUGCAAUGGAAAUACAUUUGGAAAAAAAAUAUUGGGCCCUCUGACAUGCAUCUCUAUAAUCCUCAGUGCUGAAAGGAAAGAAGCUGAGCCUGCCAGCAUGAGAGGUUCAGACGGAGACCCCGUGUCUCCCAGCAGACUCAGGGUGCGUGGAGAUGACAUCACGGAACCCCGCCGAGCGAGCACAAGAUGCCUGAGAGACAGAGCGACUCAAGGGAAAAAACACUAGUCUUCUUCAUGAGUAACUUUGAACUUGUAAACAACAAACAGCUCCAGAACUGAAUGAGAGGUCAUCCCAGGUCUUCACGCGGUCUUCGGAUAUCUGUGUUUAGCAUCUUGCCUUACCUUUUCUCAUUGCUGUUCAAAAUAGAAAGAAAACAUAUUUUUUUUUCGACAUGUGAGGUGUGCUCUUUAUGAUGGCUCAACAUGCAUUGUAUCGAUUAGGGUUGACUCAAUGCAAAGUACCAUGCCAAACUUCUUAAUGAAAUGCACAAAUGUAGUCUUUAUGAUUAAGAUGGAAACGAUGUGUCAAGGAGUGUUAGGUAAUGAUGAUUUUAUGUCUUGCUAUUACAUUGUUUUUUUACAUGACUACGCCCUUGGCCAACUUAUUAUUCACAAGUACAUUUACUUAUCUGUUUUGUAGGUGCUCUUUCCUUUGGAGAUCCCAGUUUGCACUCCUCUCUUGAAAAAGUUAUCCUGCAAAGCCCACUUCCUGGUUCUUGUGUUCAUAGAUCCCUUUGCCCAAUUAUUUUUUUCAGUUGGCCUUCUUCAUCUUGGUGUCCUCCGUUAUGUACGUACUUGCCAUUCUAAGAUGAAGUUCCCAUCUUAACAUGAUAAAUAUCACCUUUCACAUCACCAACCAAAAUAAGAGUUUAUUGCAUUACUUAGGCCUAGCCUCAGCUUGUUCAACAUUGGAUGAUUAUAAGUAAUUUAGGGGUCCGUAUAAGUAAUGUGCUUCCUGAUAGGGCUAUUUGGUUUGUUUUCAAUGCAGUCCUAGACUAAGGUUAAUUUGGUAUUGAUUGAAUACUGUAAUCGCCUUACAUGGUCAGUUGUCUGUUUAGCUGUUUAAAUAAAGAUCCAGUCAUUUGUCACAGAGAUAAAACACCCAUUGAAAUGUAAAUGAUAUUCUAGAACAGGGUUGAGGAAUGCGUGUGAUAUAUGGUGUUUGGUAUGGAUUCAUUUUAGUUAAAUGUUGAGAUUUGACCCAUUAUCCCAGCUAAGUACACCCCCAUAGCCUAUUCAUUUGAGUCAUUCCUAUAGCUUCCUUUUUAGUUUUAAGUUGCAUGAUACCUGGGAUACCACCUCACCUCCAAUAAACUUUUUAUGAAAAAACA